AUGGGUCAUGAUGUGGAAAUACCUGCAAAGGGGAAUUCGGCAGUGCAGAUUGAUGAAAUGGAUGAGAAUUUAGCACACAAUGACGAAAUGGGGGGGAAUUUGGCAGUAGUAACUCAGUCAGUCAUGGGAGCGACAAACAAUUAUGUUGACAUCCCAUUUACAAAUGAAAAUGAUGAUGUGGAAUUUUAUGAUGAGGACGAGAUUAAUGAGAUGCAUUAUGAUGAUGAACCUCCAACAAAUAAGGUUUCUUUAGAUGAUGGUGAGCAUAUUAUGCCUUCCCCAAUGUUCAAACAAUUGAAUUGGGAUGCAAUAAAUAGCAUGACUACUGAGCCUCUCACACCACGUACCGGAUUGUGGAAUGAAUCCAAUGAGUUGUUUAAAGGAUUGAGAUUUGAGAGUAAAGAAGACUUGCAAUAUGCUGUAAAACGUUAUGUAAUAUGUCGGAAUCAACAUUUGGUGGUUUGUGAAUCAGAACCACAAUUGUGGGCAGUGAGAUGUAAGAAGUGGCAGGAAGGAUGUAAUUGGAGGCUUCGUGGAUGUCGUCGUAAAAGCCAUGGAAUGUUUGAGAUAACCAAGUACGCAGGUCCUCAUACUUGUAUAGUGAAGGAUAAAUUUGGAUAUGAUGUCCAUUAUAGAAGAAUUUGGGAAGCUAAGAGAAAAGCAAUGCUUAGAGUUUUUGGUGAUUGGGAUGAAUCUUAUCAAGCAUUGCCGAAGUGGAUGAACAUCCUUCAGCUAACUAAUCCUGGAACAAAGAUUGUUUGGAAGACAAUACCUUUAGGAGGGAUUUCUGGGAACGUGCGGUUUAUGCGUGUUUUUUGGGCAUUUGGGGCAAGUGUUGAAGGGUUCAAGCAUUGCAGACCAAUUAUACAAAUUGAUGGUACAUUCUUAUAUGGAAAAUACAUGGGGAAGCUUUUAAUUGCUACUUCAAUUGAUGGAAAUGGUCAUGUAUUCCCCCUUGCGUUUGCAAUUGUUGAGGAAGAAUCACAGGAUAGUUGGUCUUGGUUUCUUAUUGCAUUGAGGCAUCACGUCACUCAAAGAGAAGGAAUAUGCUUAAUUUCAGAUCGCCAUGCAGGAAUAAAUGCUGCUGUUAGAAAUCUAUCAGUUGGAUGGAGCCCCCCUCAUGCGCAACAUCGAUAUUGUCUUAGGCAUGUAGUGAGCAAUUUUAAUGACAAAUUUAAGAAUAAGGUCUUAAAAGAGUUGGCAUAUAGAGCUGGAUGUCAACAUCAACCGUGGAAGUAUGAGAGAUACAUGGAGGAGUUAAAACGAUUGGAUGAAAAAAGUGUGGCUUGGUUUUCAAAGUUAGACACUCAAAAGUGGACUCAAGCAUAUGAUCUAGGAUAUCGGGAUGGGUGGAUGACCACAAAUAUUGCUGAGUGCAUUAAUGGGGUGCUUAAGGGUGCGCGAAUGUUACCUAUCACUGCACUUAUUCAAUUAACUUUUUAUCGAUGUGUGUCAUACUUUGAGACUUGUAGAGCAGAGAUACGUGCUAGAAUGGCAGUUGGAGAUGUGUACACUACGUAUGCAAUUGAAAAAUUUAGAAGAGCCGAGGCCAAAGCUAGUGGACACACUGUCACCAUUUUCCAUCGAAUUCAUGAAACAUUUGAAGUAAUUACUGCUCUCCAUGGGUUUCAUAUGGAUAAAGGACGUAACAAACAAGUGGUUAAGCUUAAUGAAGUUGAAAAAUACUAUAGGCUGGAUGCCUAUGCCAGUUGUUAUGCUCUUGAAUUUAAUCCCAUUCCUCAUGAAUCUUAUUGGCCGUAUCCUGAUUUUCCUAUUCUCCACCCUGACCCAACUUCAAUGAGGGAUAAGGGGCGUCCUAGAUCAUCAAGGAUAAGGAAUGAAAUGGAUUUGAAGGAACCAAGCGUUAGGAUUCGAUGUGGUUUAUGUAAAAUAGCGGGUCAUAAUCGUCGCAACUGUCCCACAAAAGAUGGAGGGCAAUUCUCCAACCCCCUUCCUUAUGACAAUUAA